AAUAUAAAAUUUCCUCUACCUCACACGAUUCCAGAUUCCUCUCCUUCUCUCUUCUUUCUCUUCUUCAGUUCUUCUUCUUCUUCCUCAACCAGUCAACCCCACCUUUGCUCCUCCUCCAAAAACUAAAGGGAUCAGAAUUCAGAAUCCCUCAGUCUCUCUCUUUGUCGAACCGAGCCCAGCCCUCUGAGGCUCUGACCCUCUCUCAAACUCUCCUUCGAGGAGUUCGAGCGCAUCGCGGCAUCCCUGAGCCCAAACCUGGACGGCGUCUCCUUCAAUCGAACCAUUCGAUUUCAUUUCACAUCACAUCAAAUCCAUUCGAUUCAUUCCAAGAUUUCCUAUUGCUGGUACAAAGCAGGUUUGGGCUUUUUAAAAUUUCAGUUGGGUCGUAGCCGGAUUAUGGCCCAAUUAUAAACUCGGUUGGAGGCCCAACCAACCGAUACUGAGAUCUUGGUAUACCGACUUUUGUGGUCGGUAAUGGGAGAAGAUUUUAUGUACCAAAUUAAUCUGGUACGGUAGGCGGUUUUGGGCCUGCAGCUCCGGUACCGAACCGAACCCACCCCUAAUAGUUUGAUAGUUCCAUUCCAGAUGACCCGUAUGUUUUGACCAAAAAACAACCUAAACCUGACUGUUUUUUGAGAGAAACCUAAACCUGACUUGACUAUCCAAAAAAGCGAAUAACGUAAAAGAAUUAAAACUAAAAACCAAAACAAAAAUCAGAAAUGACAAGAGAGAAUGGACCCAGUUGCAACUGAAAUAGGAGGGUCUAGCAAAAUUAGGGGAAAUACGGCAAAAUAUAUAAAUAAGAGAAGGAGAAGGAUAAAAAAAAAAAAAAAAACAAAUAGUGAGUCUGACUCUGACAUCCUUAAUUGUAGGUGAAAUCAGAAAAACAACAAAGGAGGGAGACGUUUCAUCGUCUCAUCAAUUCUCUUCUCAUCCCAUCUCGCCGGAACAUCUGCAAAAUAUUAUUCUAGAAUUCAACAAAAACGUAUACAUCGAUUUCACCUAACUAGCUUUACCAUACUUUGCGAUUUUCUUCAUACAUUCAACGUUCUCUCCUCUCACCUUGGAAUAUACCCCAAUUCUCAUCUUCUAUAUAUUUGGAUGUAGAGAGAGAGAGAGAGAGCCAUAUCAUCAUCAGAUUCUGAUUGACAGAAGAAGGAAGAUUCGGAAAGCCAGGUUCUUUCUGUUGUUUGAUGCAAAUUAUGCGGCGGCAGAUCAACUGAAUUUGAUCAGCGAUCCCGUAAAAAGCUUCAAUCUUGAAUACAAAGAUUGAAUUUUUAAUACAAAGAUUAAUUCAAUGUCGUCUUCUUCUUCUUCUUCUUAUACAAUGUGUCUUCCCAAUUCGCAUUUCCAAUCUUCUUCGAAUUCGGAUUCUCCUCCUCCUCUUAAUUUGAGUGCCGCCGGCGCCGGAUACAUAGAACAUGCCGUCACCAAAUACGACACGCUCGCCGGGGUCGCCAUCAAAUACGGCGUCGAGGUGACAGAUAUCAGAAAGAUGAAUGGCCUGGUUACCGAUCAUCAAAUGUUUGCCCUCAGAUUUCUUCACAUUCCACUACCUGGGAGGCAUCCUCCAUCCCCUUGUUUAUCAAAUGGUUCACCAGGGAGCCAGAGUAGUUCAGAGAGGUCUCCCAGAGUUACUCCUCGGAAAGCCUCCCAGGCAAUGAACUCUUUACAAAGUUAUUAUGGGCUGAAAACAAGAAAUCAGAACUCUAUCAAAAGGGAGAUUCUUGAAAUGGCCCUCUACAAAAAGGAAGGCUCCCAUUAUUUAGAAGAUGGGUCCUUACUUGGAGCCUCACCUUUCAGCCUUUGUAGAAAGUCAAGAAGCUUAGUUAAGUUGGAUGAGAAUCAUGAACUUUCUGAUUCUGUGCCUAGUACAGAAACUAGAGAAGGCGACUCUGAUCAGUUGGGAAAAAGGAUUAGACGGCGCCAGAAAUCUGAAGCUGACUUUUGUCGCACCCCUGAGAUGCUGUUGGAAAAUAACACUACCAGUGGCGGGUUUUCAGCCACAGCAAUUACAGGGAAGUGCUUGGCCCUCAGACCAAAAGCAGCAGCCAAUCGAAUUGCUGAUGUUGAAACUGGUGGGUUGAACCCUACUCCAGUAGGUCUUGGUGAUUCUUUUAUGGCAUCAGAUGGGUCUGGAGUGAGGAAGUCGUCAAGCACAUCAAAUUUGCAGGAUCAUGAAUCUAGCUGUUCUGCAUCAAUCUGGUCAGCAUCUAAAUGGAGUUUGAAGCCAGAUUUACAAGCGUUUUCAACUGCAGCCAUUACAAAACCCAUAUUUGAUGGCUUGCCUAAGCCUAUGGUUGGUCGACGAAACAAAGCCGCGCUUGAUUAAUUCAUUUGAUUCUUCUUUCGAUUCAUUGCCAUUUUGAUCGAUAACUUGUCGCUUCAUCCAUUACCAGCUCUCAAGGAGGAACAACGAGAAAGCGGGAAAAGAUUUGAACUCCGAUACAUCAUUAAUCAUUGACGUAUACGGGAGGUUCCGAUCCUAUCUAGUGGAAAAGAGUUCCAUGAUUCCAUAGCAGUUCAAGUCCCUAGGCAUGUAGAAAUGAUCGGAGAAGCAAACUGUUACAUGUGCAGUUUGAACACUGUAUUAGAUACUACUAGUUAGAAAAUUGUAAGGAUUUGGAACAUGCUGGCCGUUCACAUAGGAUGUAUAUUACUUCCGGCUCCCCUUAGAUUUUACAAAAGGUUGUAUUUUUAUACUAACUAACCAUUCUUUCGGGGAACGUCUUGUAUAUACUUAUAUUUUUAUGGAGAGACAUGGAGCAUUUGCUAGACAGACCCUUGUACUAAUAUUGUUGAAUUGUCUUUCCCUUCUUCCUCA